AUGGGUCUCGAUGUUGCUCAAAGACUGGACGAAAGUGGUCUCUGGAAGGUACAUAUCCUGGGCACCAACCAGCAACGCGGCGAAGAAGCAGCAGCACCAUUGAAUAACACAACAUUCCAUCAAGUCGACGUAGCAAGCUACCAGGAGCAAGCCACUGUACUUGAUAAAAUUUUCAAUGACCACCAUCGUCUUGACUUUGUGUUCGCAAAUGCAGGGAAAGCUUCAAACCUGAUCAAUGCCUUCUUUGCUAAGCAUGAGACUGAUGGGAUGAUUGGAUUUACGCGAUCUGUUGGAAAAGAGCUGUGGGAAGAAGGUGUCAAAGUCAAUGCUAUUUGUCCUGGGGUUGUCACAACGCCCCUACUUACACCUGAGAUCAAAGCCAUGUACGCGGAAAAGAUCCGAAUUCCUAUGAGCAACGUCACAGACAUUGUAUUCAAAAUCAUUUCUGGAAACCAAGUGGAGGACUCGAAAGGGGUGUGUGUACCAGGCGAAGAACUGUAUUCGCGGGUGAUCUUGAUAGUUGGGAAGAAGUAUUACUUUGUCGACCAUCCUGAAUACUUUGAUGAAGAGACACAUCUCACCCAUCAAUACAUGAUGGUCACUCAGUCAGAGCAGGGAAUGAGAAGUUGA